AAUAAGUGUGCAUAUGAAUAGUCCAUCGUACACUUCACUCAGGUAUACUCUUUUCUUUUGUAAUAGCUGCAUUCUUUUUCCUCGAGCAACCCAGUAAUUUACAUAUUGCUAUAAACACUGAAACCACUCUCGCAUCAUGCCGACGAGAAGAGUUCAAGACAAGACGGGAGAACAGAUCAACGAAGGAGACUACGUGUAUACAAGGUAUCGUGGAGGAACCCACGAGGGAGAAGUUGACAAAGUCGUUACGGACGAGGCUGAAGCACAUGAAGAAGAGGUAGCCAACCCACCCAAAGUCAUCUUUCACGAUCAGCAUGGGCAUCGUGUAGCACAUAAUCCGAAGACUUUGGAUAAGACGGAAUGAAGUGGGAUGAUGCUGUCGGGGCGGGGCCACGGAGGUCUGAGGGGUUUGUAAGAUAAUGAGGCCAUACAGAAUACAUCAAUCACUAU